UCCAUACUCGCUGCCGUUUGACAACAACAGAGGAGCAGCGGCGCCGAGCAGCGGGAGAGAGAGAGACACACACACACAGACAGACAGACAGAGGGAGGGGGCCAGGGCUGCUCUCGAGGUUCGGGUUAAGGAUUGUCCUGGGGCUGAGGUGGGGGCGGCAGGAGGAGCAGGGACGCCGCCGCCGCCACCGCCGCCGAGUUGUCCCCGAGCCCGGGGCCCCGGUCAUGGGCCACGGGAGGUGGAAGAGGCCGAGGCCGCGCUCAGCGAGCAACAUGAGGCGACUUGCCACCGGCGCCCCAGACCAGUGAGAAGCGCUGAUCCCAAAAUACUGCGGAAGGAACAGGAAUGUGUUACUAUCAGGCUCUCUCAUUGGUCGCUGCUUGCUUUCCAACUGCAUAAGAAGCUGCCUGAUUGGAGAAUCUUCAUGAGCUCAGGAGAUGAGAGAGUACCGGCAGCAAGAGCAGGCUGACCCUCAGCGGAUACUCUCCGUGCCGCAGGAGCUCCCCAUCCUGGAGCAGUUCGUUUGUCAGAAGAAAAACAAGAAGGAGAAAACUCGGCUGGCAGACAGUAAGAUGUUGGCCGGCUCACAGAAGCCAGCCCGAGCCCAGAAGAACUCGAGCCCCAACAAGCACUUAAAAAGCCCGGGCUCACCUGGCAUGAUGUCCCACAGCCCAGGCACACUUCAUUCGGGCUGUUCCAAGCCUCGGGGUCUGAAGAGCCCCCCACUGACUGACACACAAAGGUUUUCUGAAAACAGUUUGAAAAUAAAACACGAGACAGAAAUCCGGAUCCCACCGGUCCCAUCGCCAAAAGCCGUGACCAAUCAAAUGCACCCGGACAGUAAACUGCCAAAUCAUGGCAAGCCAGUCAAUAGCAAUGCCCCACCCCCAAAUGCAAGCCAGGGAACGCCCUGCGGCCUGGGGUCAAAGGCCACAGGAGCAAGUAGUCAUGGUGGAAAAUCAAGUCAGAUCUCUCCCGGAAACUCUGGACUAAAAGGCUCCCAGAACUCCGUGACGAACCUGGGAGCUUUGAAGGGGAAGGUAAAACGGGAAAGGAGCAUCUCGGUGGACUCAGGAGACCAGCGGGAGGCCAGCACACCAGUCAUAGACACAGAAUCUAAAGAUGGAGCCCCACGGAGCAAGAGGCGUUGUGUUCUGGAACGCAAGCAGCCGUACAGCGGGGAUGAGUGGUACUCGGGACCAGACAGUGAGGACGAGGAUAAACCUGGAGUGGCUACUCACAAUUGUACUGUGGUGGAGUCUGCCCUCUCGGGGGCGGUUCAACCCUCUCCCAGUUCGAAUCCCCUCCCGACAGUCAGCGACAGUGCCCCUCCCAGCGUUCCUCACAACCCAGCAGGCGGGCCCUGCCUGCGAUCGGACAGUGGCAAUCCCAGGAACCCCAGCAAACCACCUUCGCAGUUUGUUUACGUCUUCACAACUAACCUGGCCAACAUGGCUGCGGAGGCCGUAAUCCAGGGCCGGUCAGACUCAAUCGUUGCCUAUCACACGCACAAUGUGCCUCGCACGAAACUGGAGCAAGUAUACGAUCCGAAGGCUUCCCAUGCCGCCCAGAAAAGGAUCCGGACUUCAAGAGCAGCUGUACCGCACACCCCUCCAGCCUCGCACACCCCAGCCACAAUCCCAGCAACAGGGCCAACCGGCUUACAGCCCCCCAGCUCGCUGCCUCAUGAAGGGGAGCCGGACCCGAAGCCUUGCACUCGGACAUGGGUUUCCAAUCGAUGGAGAGCAACACAGCCGCCAAUCCGCUCCAAGGGGGUUCCAGUUGAUCCAGCCAAUGGAGGAAGUGGGGAGGCCAACAAUCCAAAUGGUGAAUGGAUCGUUGUCAUGAACCUGCACGGCAACACUGGAAGGCUUGUCCAAGGAGCACUAGAGCACAGAGAACGUUCGUUGCAGACCCUAAGGGACAUUGAGAGGCUCUUAUUGCGCAGCAGUGAGAGUGAAUUUCCUAUGAAAGGACAACUGCGGCCUAAUGGGCAAGGAGAUGGGCAACAGGUCAUGAAGAAGCCAGAAGAACCUUUACAGUCCAUGAUUUCCCAAGCACAGACUUUGGGCGGAGUUGAAGGACCGAAUAUGGAGCAAGAGACUAUGCAUCAUCAGGAGGUAAUGCAACAUGACCCAAUGGGACAGCAGGUCACCAUGAUGAUGAAUCCAGUCAACCAAGAGAAUCUGACUCCAGAACAGGUGGCCUGGAGGAAGCUUCAGGAGGACUUCUACGAAGAGAAAAGGAGGAAACAGGAGCAAGCUGUGGUUCAACAAAGAACAAUGCAAGAAAUGAUGAAUGCAGCGGCCAUGGGGGGUAUGAUGGUACGAGGGCCUCCCCCUCCCUACCACAGCAAAGGGGACCAAUGGCCAUCGGGUAUGGGGAACCGUUCACAGGCCCCAUGGACGUUCCUUGAUUCUAUGCAACCCCGAGGAACUGCCCCUUUCUCAGGGCCCCGCUUCCCCAAUAGCCAGAUGCAGAGGGUUAGUGGAUAUGGAGGAAUGCAGAACAUACCGAUGGAGGCUUUGGGGGGCCAUGAAUCCAAUGCAGGACGGACUGUGCGGCCUGGAAUGGCCUGGCCAGAUGACAUGCCACCGAUGGGAGGCGGAGGGAAUUCUCAAGGAGGCAUGCCGUAUCAUCCCGGCCAGGGUGAUCCUGAGUUCAUGAACCCAAGGGCCAGGGAAGAGUUGUUGCGGCAACAGCUGAUGGAAAAGAGAUCUAUGGGUAUGCAGCGCCCACUGAAUCUGAACAAUGCCAACAGCAUUGGUGGCAUGAACCAAGGAAUGGAGAUGGAGCGAAUGAUGCAGGCACAGAGACAGAUGGAGCCAGGGGCUAUCUCUGGGAUGUUUCCUGGCCAGUUGCCUGGAGAUAAUGUGAGUGGAAAUCCAAUGGGAUUGGACUUUGUUGGGUCGAGGGGAAUGUUGAGCCCUCCCCUGGGGCAGGCAGGACCUGUGCGUGAUAUGGACGCAUCGAUGGGUCCUGGUAAUGUCAAUAUGAACAUGAAUGUAAAUAUGAACAUGAACAUGAAUCUCAAUGUCCAGAUGACACCUCAGCAACAGAUGAUGAUGUCACAGAAAAUGAGGGCACAGGAAAUGAUGUCACAUCAGGUUUUGACUCCAGAAGAGAUGGCAAGAGUCAGAGCACAAAACGGCAGUGGGAUGAUGGGUGACCCUCAGAAAAUGUUGAUGCAGUCGCAAUUCCCAAAUCAUGGACAACAGGGUUUUCCUGGUGGUCAAGGGCAGUAUUCCAAUAUGUCUCAGGAAGUCAAUAGCAUGGGGAAUCCUGGGGAGAUGUUUAGUCCUGAACAAGGCCCCAUGCCUGUAAGUAGCAUGAGCAACACAGCCAGACUGAGCCACAUGCAAAUGACCCCAACUUCAAAUCAAUCCAGCAACCACGGUAACGUGGGUGCAAUGCUUCCAGCGUCCCAAAGGGGACUAGGCCGAAGACCCUCUGACCUCACGAUCAACAUAAAUCAGAUGAAUUCUCCCAACAUGGGUCACCUAAAGUCACCAACCAUCAGCCAAGUUCACUCUCCUCUGGUCAGUUCUCCGUCUGCCAAUCUCAAGUCUCCCAGACGCCGUCUCAGCUGGCAACUUGACGUCCACUAAUGCCUCGGGUCCAAUCAAGUCUCCCAGGUCAUGAGCUCAUCACUUCCUGUACGCUCUCCAGCAAGCUCUCCCAGUCGGCUAAAGUCACCGUCGAUGUCUGUCGCCUCACCUGGAUGGACCUCAUCACCCAAGACCACCCUUCCAAGUCCUGUGAUCAGUCAGGGGAAACAGCCAAUGAGCUUGAACUCUUCUGCCCCAUUGGGAAACAUUGAACAAGGUCCUAUUGUCUCCGCCUCUCGCUCCGGCCCCGGUCCCGGCCCUGGCUUACCUUAUAACUCACCGGAUUCAACACCUUCCCAGAAUCCCCUCUCGCUCAUGAUGUCGCAGAUGUCCAAGUACGCCAUGCCAAGCUCCACCCCGCUGUAUCAUGACGCGAUUAAGACCAUUGCCACCUCUGAUGAUGAGCUGGCCCCAGAGCGGUCAAUGACAAUGAUCCAGCCCACAAGUGUUUCUGGAAUGAGUGGGAGCCAGAAUCCACAGCCACAUAUGGUGUCACAGAGUGUGGUGGGGCCAGGAUCUGCCAACAGCCCCCUGGCGAUGAGCAUGGUGGGGCAGCCCUUGUCCCAUGAGCCCCCAGCCUCCAUGAUGCCAUCUCCCAGCAUGAUGGGACCCAACAUCCCAAUGCACGAGGGGCAUGGCCCUGGAAUGACUGUGCAAAGCCCCAUGAUGGUGCACCCUUCCCAGGACUCGCUGGGGCAAGCCUGUGGUCCGUUAACCGGCAGUGGUUCCCAGAUGCUACCUCAGAACCCCAUGGUCCUCCAGCGAAUGCAGCAUCAACCCCACAAUCCUCUGCAAUCCCCAGGCUCCGGGAUGCAGCAGGUGUACCCUCCAGGGAUGGCCAUGUCCCACGACGAGGGUGUUGCACCCCACGGGGUCCCAACUGGACCGGCCCCUGCUCAACAACAGCAACAACAACCUCCUCCUCCCCCUCCACCUCCACACCUGAUGACCAAGAACGUGUCGAGUCGAGCUGGAGGCGAAGGCUACCAGCUCUCGGGAGUGGCUUCGGUCCUCAACGACCCGGAACUUCAGGACGUCAUCCGCCCCUCGGCAAGUGGGAUUCCGGAGUUCAAUCUGUCACGCAUCAUUCCUUCAGAGAGACCCAGCAGCACCCUGCAGUAUUUCCCCAAAGGAGAGUCCCAAGCGUCAAAAGCCCCGUCUUCCAACCCUCACCUCAUGAACCUUCAGAGCAUGAUGCUGGAGCAGGCUCCUCCCAGCAGACCCAACCUUCCAGGACAACAGCAGCAACAGCAGCAGCAGCAACAACAGGUGGUGCAGAGGGGCCUGAGCAUGCACAUUUUCCACCCGGGGCAGGUGCCAGGUCCCAUGAUGGCAAGGACAGGCAUGCCGGGCCAGCAUGGCGUGAUGAGCAACAGCCUGCACCAGGUUCUCAUGUCUCCGCAGCAGAGCUUGAUGGCCCAACAGAACAUGAUGCUACAAGCCAAGCAGAGGAGCCUCUCGCUGUCGGGGGAGAUGUACGGACAGGGAGGUCACAUGCUGCCUCCGCAGGUGGGCGUGCUGGGUACGCCGCCCCACCAAAGCAUGAUGUUCCCUCAGCAGUUGAGACAGAGGAGCAUGUCCUUAGAUGCACCCAUCACCUUUGUCCCAGGACCAGGGAACGCUGCCAACAUGCCCUUUUAGCUCCUCUCAUCGACUUUUCGUACAAUUAGGAUUUAUGCAAGUCAUGAAGCAACAGUGGUGGGAAAAUAAAAAUAAUUUUAUUACGAAAAGUGAGGCCCGAAACUGAGGAGACGAAGAGUUUAUACCAAGACGGGGCUGGGAAGUGGGGUGGGGGGAGGUGUGGGAGUCAAAGAUUAUUUUUUAACAGAGUGAGCUCGGCCGGAAGACUUCCAGACAUUUGCGUUUUCGAUUUUAAAUUUUUUAUUUUUUCUCUCUGUCUCUCUUUCUCUCUCUCGUUUGGUUUCCUCACCCGCUGUUGUGCAAAGGGAUUUUAUUAUCGCUGUAAAUAUUCUGCCUCGGUCUGUGAUUUGUUUUUACGGUUCCUGUAACUCUGUGUUUUCGCUAGAGAACCAUCUAGAACUGUGACAGGGAAAUUCCAGGAAGGAUCUCUCUCCCAAAAGAGAACUUUGCUGCCCAUCAGGUUUCUGAGAUUUUCGUCCUGAGGUCAACAGUGGGGUCAAAGUUCUCAGCCCCUGCCAUCACUGCCCCGCUCCCACCCCAUGCCUACCGGUUCCCCUGGAUCCCUGCAGGUUCCAUCAGGUGUGGCCUCAUUAGGAGCAAUGUCCAGUAAGCCAUUGGGGGUGUUUGGUGUUGAACACAAAACCGUUAUCCUACUCAGAGCCUGAAAUCUGGGUGCAGUGUGGUCUCAGAAAUAACAGGGAGAGGAGUGGGAGGGAAACCUGUGAAACAGGUCUAGCCCUCCCUGACAGCUGGUCUAUCUGAGACUGAGAAUGUGCCAUUCAUACUCAUUUUGUGUUUCAGUAUGGGGAAAUGGUGGGGAGGAGAGGACAGGAAUUAAAAAUAGCCCCAGAGCUGAGGAACUAUAUCAUGUCUCAAUGGGUUUGGUUCAAUCAAUGUUUCUGUGUUCUGCCCCAGAUGCAGGAUACACACGGUGGGUACUGGGGUCCAAGGGGCCGUGUGUGUAGUUUAAGUUGGGAGAAGGUUCACCUGUUAGGAAGGCCUCAGGAGUGGGUGAAACGUGUACGUCACCUACUCCGGUAUUGUUUCCCGGAGACCUCUGUGGAGGGCAAACCAGCUGGGGUGAAACCAGAGCUCAAUCCUGGAACUUCCUGAAGGGAGUACGUUGGGUUAAAUUCCCCUGCCUCACCCAAAAAAUAGCAUCUGAAGAACCUUGACGGCAAAUGAUUCAACCAGUCUGUAGUAGGGAAAAGUCUGUUGUUCCGUGAAGUGGUUGGCAGUGCUUCAGGAGUCGUUCCGUGAGCUCUGAAGGUUAUUGAUGCUCUGAGUAACCUGGGGUUACUGGACUGACAUUUGCUUUUGUGACCGGGAUAGGAGGACCUGAGGAAUUAUCACGCCCACCUGCAGGCACACUUGGGUGGGUGGGAAGGAGAGCAAGUGGGUGAAGAUCGACCCACUGAUAUGGAGGUUUAACAGCAGAGAUGAAUGGAAUCAUUGGAUACUAACCCAAAACAUAGCACAAAUCCUGAAGUAUCCUCAAAUAAAGCACGAUGGCUUGUUAAUCGCUGUCAGCCAGUAGCCCAGAAUUACCAAUCAAUUGAUUGAUCAGAGGGGUUGAGGUUUAGUACUCAGCAGCUCACACUGAAUACCACCCCUGCUCCCAGAUGCAACCAAAUCCAGUGACUUAACCCAGUCUGCAACAUCUACCCACCAGGCUUGGUUUUUCAGGUGCUCCUUGCAAGGAUUUUACGAGCUUUGUCUGAGAACACUCGCUCACAAUCUAGUGUAUGUGGUGGGAAAAGCAGUUUGCAGGGUUUGGGUUGGGGGUGGUACCUCAUGGCAAAUCAUUCUCUGGAGAAGUGUCCGAGGGAAUGGAGUCUCUCGGAGGGAGGGAGAGUUUCGCGAGGAGGGUUUCUUCUGGGGAGGGAUUUCUCGGACAGAUUUAACUGUCACAGAUCUUCAUUUGAAACUUUUUUUUUGCACCUUUUGGUCCAGAGGCUGGUUUUGUUUUUGUUUAUAUAAUACAGACAUUCAUAAAAUAAAUGAAAUUAUAAAAAAAAAUGAUUUUGCGAGGAGGAACAUUUUUAAUGAGAGUUGAAAACUAUGUUUCUGACUGUUUUUGAAAUCCCUGGAACCAAAUGUUCAAAUCAAUGCAAGGAAACUCUUGGGCCGAUGAGGAAAUUCCCAAGGAUGACGAGGAAAUUCCUGGGAAGCAGCAAGGAAACAAUGAGGCACUGAGGUGUUAAAUCUUGGUUGGA